AUGAGCCGCCUAUCCCCGGAAGCUGUUCUGGUGCGAGCUGCGCGCGCCCACAACGUGGCGGUGAUGAGAGGCGCGCUGGCGGCCGGAGCCGACGUCGGGGGAGCGGGACAGCGCGGCCGCACGCCGCUGCACGCCGCCGUGCUCAGCGGUUCAGUGAUGGCGUGCUCGUUCCUCCUCCUGAAUGGCAGCAAGCUUAACGUGCAAGACGAGGAUGGAAAGACUCCGCUACAUCUUGCCACGGAAGCUGGACACACUGGACAGGUUUGCCUUUUACUGCGGUAUCGUGCUGACCAAUCAAUAGUGGACAAGGACGGUCAAACGCCUCUCGAUAUCGCCGUCAACAAUGCUAAUGCCGACAUUGUGACCCUAUUGAGACUGACGAAGCUGAACGAGGAGAUGAGAGAGAGCGAGAUGUCGUCCAACGACGACACGUACAACGAAGUGUUCCGCGACUACACGCAGCUCGCGCACUCACACCCCGAGCGGCUAGUGCGAGCCAAACACAACAACAACGAAGGUGAACCGAAUGAAUGACGCAACCAGAGAGGCAGUCGUCGACGAUGGCUGUGGUAAGGCGGUGGCUACACCGGCUGCGAGUAGUAACAGGUGACAACACUGCAUCGACAGAAUGUAGAGGGCAGCACCUUCCUACUGGCCAAUACACGGAGAUGAGUGACCUACAAACAAUGCGUAUACAUCGUAGUGCAAAUUAUCACACAGUUCUUAUAAACAACCCAAAGGUACUAAGUGCACCUUAAAGGCUUUAACGAAAUGAAUCUGUCUCAUUUUAUUUCUUCUACUAAAAUAUACGACGACUUAGAAAAUUUAAGUGAUAUUAGCUUUGCUAUUUACUAUUAAUGUUGUUCCAAAUCGUAUAUAUUUAUCGACGUAUGACCAUCGAAACGUAGGAAAUGAAAUAUAAAACACUAUUGUGACAAUUAAUAAUAAUGUUAUAUUAAUAAUAAAAUGCUUAUUAGGCCAGUGGUUGAAAAAAUUGUGAUCUCUGUUGAAAAUUAUAUACGAGGCUUUUUAAAAGUAAUUAAACUGAACUAUUGCUGCCAAACACAUAAUCACUUUUGUAUAAAUAUUCUGUAUUAAAUGACGUCUGUUAGGUAUUGUCUAUAGAUAACCAUGGGUCUAAUAUUCUCUCUCUUGUUAAGUCAUGUGCCUGCACUCUGAGCGGUUAACUCAGGUCGAAAUGUGGAAGCAAGACAGCACGAAUUUUGCUAUAACAGUCCGUUAUCAGCGUCUUGCUUCCACAAUAAGGAUGACUACUUUUUCCAGUGUCCGUCUUGUCCUGCAAACAUAAAAUGAUCAAUUUACAGUGAAUGAAACUUACAUAACGUCGCGAUUGCGUAAACAUUACUUUAAAUUUGUCACUUUUAGUUUUUCAGAAAAAGGAAAAAUACGUGUCAAAUAUUUUUCAAUUAGCUAAUCGAGGGACUAAAUAGAUAUUUUUCUUUUUUAUUUUUACUCAGUAGUCAUCCCUAUUGCUAAGGUGUUAAUGCGCUUAUGCGUUAAUGUUAAUGCGCUCAUAAUACAGGCACGGUGUAAAUAAUUAUGAAUAUUAUAACGAAUAUGUUUAUGCAUAGUUAUGUACUGGGGAGUACAGUGACAUGUAAGCUUUAAAUGUUAACGUUUUAAGUGUGUUGUCGUUUUGCAAGCUGACUAAGUCAUAAUAUGACUGUUCCGAUAAGGGCCCAGAUUGUGUCAAAUAUUAUUUUAAACUCCAGUUUUUAUAAUAAAUUAAUUUUCUAUGCGAAUACUUCAACGGCAAUUAAAGGGAUGUUGACUUUUUUAACUGAUUCAGAAACUCACUUAGUUACCUACCGGUACAUUUUGUUUUGUCAAUGUCAUCGGUUUGUGACGUCAUAAGUCCUAUUUUUUUUACUUCGAUUCGCUUCAUCGAAGUAGUUAAUGCUAUUAUUUGCAUAAAUUAAGGAAAUACGUGCCCACUAUUUUUCGUUAUGAAAAGACAGUACAUUUAUUUUUGUUUGUCAACAAGCCCAUUAGCUUAUAUUCUAUUGACGAAUUCUUUAAUUGCAUCUUCACCUCCCAGUUUCCAGACGUCUGGUUCGCUGUUAGGGUCACAGACCCUAAAAAAAAGUUAUAGGCCAUAAUAAAAAGGUGGUGUGAUUUAGUUUUAUAAACCAAAGAUUUAAGUAUUGGUUUUAAGUGAAAUUUAAAACGUGUUUGUUAAAAAUUAUAAGAUUUAUGUAAACCUUUGGCGUACUCAACUUUAUUAUGUAACUAUUAUGAUAACUUGAAUUGAAUGAUGAAUGCGAUUACAACAUUCCUGUUUUUAGUGAACUAUUCAAUCAUUCCAAAAACGUUUCGCAUUUAAAUGACUUUUAUAUGAAUUCGGCUCAGAUAUGAAUCUCAAUCUAAGCAUAUUUUGUUAGCUAAUAAUUUUUUUUAUAUUUUUACGUGUAAUUUAGUAUGUAAUAGAAUACUUGCCAAAUUGUUGCAAUAUCCUCAACUUGCCUUUGUAUUAAUGUACACGACCAAGUAUCAAUUGCUUCGUAUAAUUGGUACUAAUGUACCAACAAGCGAAUUCUCAGACACUAUACUAGUUAUAACUAUUUAAGAACGCGUCACUAGUCUCGUGAAGUUCGGGGCCGAAAAUCCGAUUUUAUCGGAUCCCGAUAAAAACGCGAGAGUAAACCGUUCUAAGACAUUACUAUAUUCUCGUUCUGUUAUAAUCUGCGUUGUAAGGGUCUACCACCUCUUCAUUUUAAUUUGUUAGUCCCCUAAAGACAAACUAAAAAGUUUAGAUGUGUAAUAAAUAGAAUGCGUUUACCGCUGUGGAAGAGAGAUGCAUAUAUAGUGUGAUAUGCCAUCUCUAUUCGAUAACGGCAGCGGUGGUAGACCCUCUUCAGUGCAAUCCAUUUUGCAAGUGAUUUGAAAGUAAUAAAAAUAAACGCUUUGUCAAUCAAAGAAAAAUAUUGUUUAAGUUUUAUUAUGUCGGUAUUUUGUGACUUACUUGGAUCACCUCAUUUCAUCGUCUUUAGAUAGUAUGAUUUUUUCGAAAUUUAUUUGAAUGUAAUAAAAUAGACAGAAAAUACGACUCAACUGAAGUUUCUAUUCAAGAAGCCAAAUGCUCCUUAUAUGAAUGCGUUAUACAAUCAUAUUUGCCUUUUUUUACUAUUUUGAUGAAUUUACUUGAGUAGUUAAGGACUUUACCUACUUUAAUGUUCGCUUGUUAUUCAUAAUAAAUUUGUAAUAUCAUGUUACGAAGCUGUGUACCACGUGUUGAAUACAGUUAAAUGGGUGAUACCCAAUGAAUCGAAUGUAACGAAUUUAAUCUCUUAAAAUGUUAUUAUUGUUUUUGGUUUUGAAUAGACCGAUAUUGUCAAAUAAUUAUAUCGUGUUGAUCCUCUCUUAUGUAACCAAAAAGUUAGUGCCAUUGCGUAGGCAUGCCAAUUAAAAAAAAGUCUGGGUUUGUAGCCCACUUAAAGUGCAGUCUGCAAACCGGCGCACAUUAUGGAAGCGGUAUUAUGUGAUGCUCGAAAAUAGACAUUAGUUUUUUUAUAAAUAAAUGCGGACAACGUCUCAUACAUUGUUCUGAACCCAAAGUAAGUUGCUAAAGCACUUGUGUUAUGGAAUUCAGAUACAACGAAGGUAUGACAAACAACCAGACCUGAGACAAUGUAGUGUGAAUUUUUACAUUGACCCGACCGGGGAUCGAACCCGGGACCUCAGAGCUAGCGACACCUUGAAACCGGUGCGUACGCCACUCGACCACGGAGGUCGUCAAAGUUGAUAUUAUAAAAUUCAUAACUGUCUGAAAAAUGUGUUGACUCUUUGUCAAAUAUUUAUAAACCUUCGAUUGCCAGAUUUAAAGUCUAUUUUUAGGAUUAUAGAAAAAAACACUGCUGCUCUUCAAAGUAAUAUUUUUUGACAGUAAUAAAGAAUUAUCAAUCUAACUCCUUAUUAAGCGCGAGACUGUUAAGUGGGCGACAAGUCUUUCUACAAUUAUUGUUAGAAAAGUAUUCUACCACAUUAAAUACUCUGUUACACUGUUAAAUGUAUUAUCGAUUAUUAUAGUUGUAUUUGAAUAAAAUAAUGGAGACAAAA